UUCUCUCUGUUUGAGAAAAUUCACACCCCAACGCAGAAGUGUUGUUACUACAUUUUUCGUCGUCGUCCAAAUAAUAAAUUAUUUUUUUCGCAAUGCUUUCUUAUUCUUAAUUAAAUUGUUACAAUUCUCUUAUUAUUAUUUUAUAUCUCAACCACAAAUAAAACUUAAACACAAAUCAUUUAAAUAAAAUAAAUAAAUUUCAACCAAUUUUCUUAGUGCGGAAAAAGGAAACAAAUUAACAAAGUUUUUUUCUUCUUUCGUAAUUGCAAAUCACAAGGAAGUUAGAAAAAAAAAAGAAGAAAGAAAUGUCUACAAAAACCUCAUCAUCUUCCACAACAAUUGUUAGUGUAUCCAACCAGAACCAAAAUCAAAAAAACUCAAAUAAUAUUUACACCGCGAAUGUCGGCAAUUUGGAUUUUGACGAUUUUACAAGCAGCUCAAUUCUAGAGUUUCUCAACAAAGAACAAGAGUGUUUCUAUGGUUCCAGUCGGGACACUAGCGAAAUAAACGAUGAAAUCAUAUUCGAGCAAGUCAAUCGAUUGGCUGACAACUCCGACACUCGUAGUGUUGAUGAGAUCCUUCGUGAAGCGGAACUUUUGAUAAAUAAUCAACUUGUCACAUCGACGACGAGUGCGUCAUCUGUCGCUGCCGUUGUAAAGGGUACAAAUGGUGGAUUUGAAAAUUAUAAGAAAUCUAGUUUAAUUAAUAGUGAAUGUGGUGGUCAUUCGGUUGAUAUUGUUACUCCUUCUUGUGUUGUUAAGGAAAGUAGCAACUCGGAAAUAGUUGUUAAUAAUUUUGAUAAAGUUGUUGAUAAUGUGCAUUUGGAUUCGGUUAUAUCGGAUGAAUCAACACCAAAGGAUAUGAGGAAUUUUACAGCUAAUAAUGCUGAUACUGAUGAUAUUGAUGAGGAUAUUACUGAUACGAUUGAAGAAAUCACUGAAGGCAUCGAAACGAUUGAGUUGUUUAUCAACGAGGAUCCAACAUGUGGAAUGAUGACCUACGAUACACAUUUUUCAAACGAACUAGAAAACGGUUCUUCACAAGCUCAUCCACGUCAUCAAUUGACUGCAUCGUCAAAAACGUCAAGACAAAAUUCCGUAGACCAUGUUUCGCCAUCAUCAUCGCACAAACCAUGUACACCUUCGUCGCCCACAAUCGAUACCGUCGAUAGUGGGGCAAGUUCAAAUUCAGAAUUUUACGAUGACGAUGAAGGAGGAUUAGCCCUUCCGCCACAUUCCCAAGUUCCCAGAUCAACUCAAAAUUACACUCAGACUGAAUUCGCUUAUGAUCAACGUCGACGCAUUAACCAACAGCAACGUGUUACGUCAUCAAAAGCAUCGGAAAAUAAAACCUUUGCUGAUAAAUCAACCAAUUCAUCACCAAAACACCUGGUUUCAAAGGUUACUUCACCCAUUGAGUCGUUAUCAAUUACACGAGAACAUGUUUUGAAGCAUGAAAUUGAGCAGUUACAAGAGAAGCUCAAAGAUACCGAAGAACGUUUGCAGAGUUUACGUAUUCAGCAUGAUUCAUUGUCACAGUUGCAUCGUGAUUUGCGAGAGAACAACACUCAUUUACAAGAAGAAUCGGAAAUCUUGAAGCUAGAUGUGCAGCAUUUGAAUGAGUGUGCAAAUAUUUUGAGAUCUGAACUUCAAGCUGCUCGUAGCGAUCGAAAUGAAGCAUUAGAUUUGCAAAGAGUCCUUCAAAGUGAAUUGGAAGAUAGUCGAAAUGAACGUAAGAAAGCACAAGAGCAAAAAGAGAAGGACACAAAGACCAUAUUGGAUCUGCAAAGACAGUGUAGGGAAAUGGAAAGAAUUCUUAUGAGGAAACAUCCAGAUUCUGUAUCGGCCCUGAUUGUUGCUUCGAAAAAUCCAAAUAAAUCAUCUGCAAAUGACGACAGUCACAGUCGUAGGCUUUUGGAACAGCGCAUAGCCCAGUUAGAAGCUGAUGCCAAAGAGCAAGAUAUUAAAGCACAAAAAAUAUUGGCCAAUGUUCAAGCACGAUUUAACUCAGUACAAUCGAAAUAUGAAACACACAUUGCCGAUUUGGAAACUCAAGUUUUGAGCUUGCAAGAAAUCAAUACAAAGUUGAAUGAGAAAAUUGAAUCGCAGGUCAGGACACUCGAUUACUUUGUCUCCAAAAAGUCUGAACGCUAUCAUAAUGGUUAUACUCAAACUGAAGAAAUUCCAGAACGACAACGCAGAACAGUAACAUCAUAUACACAAACUGAUUGUGUAACAAGUUACCCAUCAUUACCAGUAACAACAACAACAAAUAAUGUAGCGACAAAUACCUCUAGUGCUAACACCAGUGCCAGUUCCACUCCUUCAAACAGUAGACCAAGUUCAAAACAGUCGGGAUUAAAGAAACCGACCGCCACAAGUAAACUACCAUUUUCACAAUCGGAUUCGACUAUCUCGUCAGUGUAUCAUGCUGCCGCAAAAGAGGAUGCCCAUCUACUGGCAACAAUUCGUGGCAUGAGGGUUGAUCUGGCCAUUAAGGAUAAGGCCAUGCAACGACUUACUCGGGAGCUGGACGAGUGCAAGAGGACUAUUCGAAAGUUGCAAAAAGAGAAGGAAGCUUUAAAAUCAGACAAGCUACAACACAAUGCUUCUAGCAGUUCAUCCUCACGUAAAAUCCACCAUGAUUCAAGUCAAUUUAAUUCAGACCAAUCUAGUGAUAGUCAAGCUCUCAAAGAGGCUCUCAAUAAAAUCAAACUUUUGGAAUUUGAUUACAAAGCACUGCACGACAAACGCCUGCAAGAUGUAAGUUUGAUGAUGGACACUCGUGGAACCAGAAAUUCCCUGUGGCCUCCAUCACAAUAUUCCUUAAAGACACUCCAAACUGCCCAUGAACGUGAACUCAGCUCCUGCCAUGAAACAGUUCGCAUACUCCAACAACGUCUAACCGAACGUGAUGAAGCUUAUGCCAUGCAGAAAAGGCGAAAAGUACCAGUUGAUUAUUAUGCCCUCAAGGCUAAGGUUUCAUCUUUAGAACGCCGACACUCGGAGCGUGAAGAGCGUUUACACAUGUUAGUUGAAGCUUUAAGCAAAGGACGUUUAAAUGGUGCCCUUGAGGACUUAAUAAGUGAUAAUAAUAAUUAAAAAAAAACAAUAAUUUAUAUAAUUUUUUUUUCUUCUUUUUUCACAAUUUU